AUGAAUAUCGAGACUCAGGUCUAUCAAGCACUAAUAGAGGUGAUGGAGCUUGCCGGCAAGAUUACAGAAAUCAUGGACAAGGUCUCAAGUCGAAGUACCAACAUCGACCGAAUGCUUUACCUUCAAAUGUCCGCUCUGGAUCGAGAGCUCGAAAAUUUGUACAAACGCCUACCGCUAUCUCUGCAGUACACCGCCGAAAAUAUUCAAACUGCUCCAUUUUCAUUUUUUCUGCUCCAUCAGCAAUAUUACUCUGCCACUAUACUACUCCAUCGCCAAUUCGCUCGCUAUGAUGAUAUUGUAAAUAGUGGCGAGAAAGAGCCGAGGAAACCCAGUGAACCCAUACUUGACGCCAGCCACCUGUCAACCUUCUCGCGUGAGACGUGCACAAAAUGCGCUGAAAGAAUUGCACAGAUAUUCUGGCAGCAUCGACAGAGAUUUGACACUAGAAAGAUCUUCGUCACGGGUCUACAGCAUGCCGGAAAUGCGGUCACUGCGCUAGUGGCUGCCAUUGCCUCUUCCACAGACCGCCGUUCAAACGACAAGAACAUGCGAUACCUGGAAUGUAUCACAUUGGCAUCGUAA